AUGCAUAAAAACAAACUCACGCACAACCAUAUGAACAUAGACAUAUGCAUAUAUCCAUAUAUAGAUAGCCAUAUUUACAUCUUUAAAAUGAAUAGGCAAAUAAUAAAGUUAAUUACUGAAGGAAAAAUAUCAGAAAAAAAAAACAUAAACAAUCAAUUGAUUAAACAUAGUUUAGAAGAAAUAAUAAUUGAUUUUAAAAAGUAUAACAAAUCAAAAAGUGAAAAUAAUUUAUUAAAUAAUAUUAUUCGAUAUACGAAAAUUGUCACAAUUAGUUCAUAUCAUUUAAAUCAUAUGUAUAAAAAUAUUAUUCAUCCAUUAUUAAAAAAUAAACAACUUCAUUUUACCUUAAUACCCAAUAUUGUUCAUACUUAUAAAAAAAAAAAAGAAUAUAAUUUUAUUUUAAAAGAAAUAAAUGAAUAUAUCAUUUAUAAUAUAAUAAAAAAAAAUAUAUAUACACAUGAUAACUUAAAUAAUUGGAUUAGUAUAUUGCAAGUUUUUUCAUCAAAAUAUAACAAUAUAAAUUAUAUUCCUUUGUUAAAAUUUAUUUUAUUUCCUCAAUAUUAUGAUAAAAAUAUAGUAAUUAAACAAACCAAUCCUAUAGAUAUACAUAAAAAAGGGAAUAACGAAAAUAUAACACAUAGUUUAAUGCCCUUACAAUAUAAUAAUUGUACAAGGAAUAAACAAAAUGAUGAUAUUCUUUUAUUAAAUAAUUUAGAUUAUAAAAUAUUUGAUAUAUUAGUUCCUCGAAAUUUUUGUAUUUUAAUCAACAUACUGUCUAAAGUUGAUCUACAAUAUAGUAAUGUUAAUUUCUCUGUACCUUCCUCAUUUUCUUUUUUUUUUUAUAAUAGCUAUAUUUAUAAUAAAAUAGUCAAUAUGCUACCCCAAUUUAAUAACAUCGAUUUAUGCUUAAUUAUAGAUUCCCUUCACAAAUUUAAAUAUUCAAAUAAUAAUUAUUUAUUUAAAUGUAUUGAGAAAGAAGUUUUUAAAAGAAUUAAUACAUUUGAUAUAUAUCAAAUUUCUAUCAUUUUUCAAAAAUUGUCAAAAUAUUGGAAUUAUUGUUCUAUAGAUGAUCAUAAAAAGAUGGAACAUUUUUUCAUAACCUUUAUCAAAAAUAUACAAAAAUAUAUAUUCCAUUAUUUAUUAAAUAAUAAAAAAAAAAAUAAAUAUAUUUUAUACACUGAAAAUAAACAUUCUUUAAUUCAAAUCGUUCCCAUGUUUUUUUUGGCAUAUGUAAAGAAUGUUCCUUUUUUUUUUCCGUGUUAUAUAACCUUUAGUAAAUUUUUAAAUCUACAAUUAUUUUUACUAGCUAAAUAUGUAAUACUUUUGAAAAAUAACCACACCAAAAAUUGUGCAAGUGCAAGCCCAAAUUGUAAUGUUAUUCAAAAUAAUAAUAUUCUUAAUACAGAGCUAGAUGAUAUAAAACAUAUUUCGAGCCAUUUGGAAAAUAUGAACCAGACUAUUUCUAAUUUAAUUUAUUCAAUUACUGGCUAUUUAUACAACAUUUUAACAUUAUGUAAAAAAAAUGAAGAAAAUAAAAUUGUGCUUACUCAUUUUUCGCUAACUCUAGUUAAUAUUUAUAAAUUAAUUGAUUAUUUUAACUUUUUUUAUAAUAACAGAAAAAUAAUAUCAUUAAAAGAACAUAACACUUUUAUUAUCCCUUUACAUAAAUCACAACUUUUAACAUUUAUAUAUAUAUAUUGGGAUUUUAUUAUCAAAUUAUUUUAUUAUUUAAAUAACAUUCAACCUACAGAAAACAAUAUUUAUAAUUCUUUAUUAACCGAUUAUGAAAGUUUUUAUCACAUAAACAAAGUUACCCCUCAAAAUGAUUUUUUUUAUUAUAUUAAAUUAAAAUAUAUUAAAAAAAUAUUCCAGAUGAUCACAACUUUGGAUACUGUUAAUUCAAAUACUAUAAUGAAAGAAUCAUUAAAACGGAACAAUAUGCAUAUUGCACAUAUUUAUUCAGACAUAUUAAAUAUAAUUAACGAGAAAAAGUUGACUAGCCCAAAUUACUUUUUCAAUAGACAAAUUAUAGCUUCCUACACAAUUUCUGUACUAUGCAGGUCAAAUUAG